AUGGGGGACUUACCUUUGGAAAGAGUUACCCCGACAAGACCGUUUCUGCAUAGCGGCGUAGACUUCGCAGGACCGCUCCAAACACUAGUGUCUAAAGGAAGAGGCAACAAAACAAGGAAGACAUAUGUGGCAAUUUUUAUCUGCAUGUCCACCAAGGCAAUCCACCUAGAACUCGUUGGAGACCUCACUUCAGAGGCGUUUAUAGGCGCUUUUAGACGUUUUGUUGCUAGAAGAGGUAAAUGCAGCCAUCUGUGGUGCGAUAAUGGUAAAAACUUCGUGGGUGCAAACAGAGAACUUCAUGACUUGUGGAAUGAAGCACAGAUGACAGGAGAAGUUACAUCCACGUUAGCGACAGAUGGUACACAAUUUCACUUCAUCCCAGCAUAUAGUCCAAACUUUGGGGGAUUAUGGGAGGCAGGCGUGAAAUCGAUUAAGUACCACCUAAAACGUAUUAUUACAACUCACCUCACGUUUGAGGAAAUGACAACAAUAUUAUGUCAAAUAGAAGCCUGCCUGAAUUCACGCCCGCUGUGCCCAAUAGAUACCAACGACCCUGAAAACUUAGACCCAUUGACUCCUGGCCAUUUUUUAAUUGGAGAACCACCGAUUGUGGUACCCUCACCUGAUCUGCAAGCUGUGAAAGUUAAUAAUUUGUCACGUUGGCAACAUACUCAAAAGAUUCUUCAUGACUUUUGGCGACGCUGGCAAGAGGAGUAUUUGACCAGGCUACAGCAGCGUCCUAAAUGGAUGAAGAAAGAGAAGGAAUUUGCAAUAGGGGAUAUUGUGUUGAUCAAGACAGAGAAUCUACCACCCAGCAAAUGGUCUUUAGGACGAAUUAUAGAUAAACAUCCAGGCACAGACGGUAACACGAGGGUAUACAGCGUGAAGAGUGGAGAUUCUAUAACCAAGAGAACCAUUACCAAAUUAUGUGCAAUGCCGGUUGAUUCUACUUAG